AUUUUAUUAAACCAUUCAUCCCAAGCCGUUAACAAUAAUAUCUAGAGUCUAUCCCCGCUGAUGAUCCCUAGCUUGGUCGCAGGACAUCGAUUUUUCAAAGCGAAAACGAAUUAUCUCCGUUUAGUAUAAAUAGGAUUAGACAAUCUUCGGUCUAGUUUCUAGGUGGCCUCUCUCUCGGCGACUCUUAUUUCUUCCGACAAUGGCUUCCACAAAACGACAUCUUCCCAAGGAAGCGAUGCGAGACGCAAAGAAGAUAAGGUCUGAACGUGAUGCACCCGUUCCUCCUGCUAAUCCGGAAAUGCCUCAGCGCAUCGUUCUCAAUCCUGCGGAUUGUGACUUAGAUUUUACAAUUGGAGGCAAUGGACUUCUUGGAUCUGCCCUUCAUGAGCAAGGGUUUGCAUAUUGCUGGUCUGGUGCCCGGGCUAACAUUGGAAUAACUGGGGGAAAAUAUUGUUUUGGUUGCAAAGUUGUUUCAGCACAGCCAGUUGACAUGGAGGACACUGCCACUGAUCUACAGCAUGUUUGUCGACUUGGGAUUUCUAGAGGGGAUGAUAUGGUAGGAAACCUUGGAGAAUCCAGAAACAGCUUUGGAUAUGGUGGCACUGGCAAGUUUUCAAAUUCAGGGAAAUUUUCAGAUUAUGGUGGGAAGUUUGGUAUUGGUGAUACAAUAGUUUGUUGUAUUGAUCUUGAAAGUAGACCAUUGGCUUCCAUCAGUUUCUCCAAGAAUGGUAAAUGGUUGGGUACAGCAUUCCGAUUUGAUGCUGGUCCUUUGGGUCUAGAAGUAGUGGAUUCUCCUCAGAAGGCAUUGCCAGGGGAAUCAGCACUCUUUCCACAUGUCCUGUUAAAAAAUGUUGUGGUACAAAUGCAGUUUAGUGUUGAAGAUGGCCUUGUGCUGGAAGAGGGGUUUAAGCCUUGGGCUUAUGCUAUUGAGGAAAGAGAUAUGGUUAUUGGACCUUCAUUUUCUGAUGUUAGGGAUUGUGAAGUGAUAAUGAUGGUUGGAUUACCUGCUUCAGGAAAAACUACAUGGGCAGAAAGAUGGAUAAGAGAGCAUCCAGAAAAGCGUUAUGUUUUACUUGGGACAAAUUUAGUUCUUGAUCAGAUGAAGGUACCUGGACUACUGCGAAAGAAUAACUAUGGUGAAAGGUUUGAUCGGUUGAUGGAUAGAGCAACUGGAAUAUUUAAUACCUUGAUGUCAAGGGCAGCUAAGAUACCUCGUAAUUACAUUAUUGACCAGACAAAUGUGUUCAAGAGUGCACGGAAGCGUAAGCUUAAGCCAUUUGCUGACUUUUCAAAGAUUGCUGUUGUUAUAUUCCCUGAGCCAGAAGAACUAAGGCUACGUGCUAAUAAAAGAUUUAAUGAAAUGGGGAAGGAAGUACCACCUGAUGCUGUAAAUAACAUGAUAGGAAAUUUUAUUCUGCCUAAGAGCAAGGAUAUGCCUGCUACAGAUGAAUUUUUUGAUCAGGUUAUAUUUGUAGAGCUGAACCGAGAAGAGUCUCAGAAAUAUUUGGAUCAGAUGAAGCAGGAUGUCGCAUCUACGCCUAGCAACAAGUCAUCAGCUUUACCUUGUCGAGGUUCUUCUCAGUCUUAUAUUGAAUCACCUUUGCAAAAUCCAGGAAGUUUUGGAGGCGGUGGUACUUAUUGCCGAAACUCUUAUGCUCCUAACUCUUCAUCCAUCUACAGGAUGGCCGAUCAAAUAAACGAAGCAAGUCAAUAUAGGGGACUUGAAGUAAGUGGGAUGUCAAAUUCAUUUUCUGGUGCAUAUCCGAGCAGAGAAAUACUGCAUCUGCCGCGAGCAGCUUCUCCCUUUGGGCCUUACUCUAAUUAUGAAAUUAGAGAUAACAGUGGUUACCAUGGAACUUAUGGUGCCAUUCAUACCGGUGAUUUUGAGGCUCUCUCCUACUCAGGUGUUGGUGACCGGUACGGCAAGCCGAACAUAGAAGGGAACAUGGGCUUUCCCAGUUCUAUUCAUGGUAACAUUGGAGGUCCUCGGCCUGAUCUGUUCUCAUCCACAACAUCCGCCCCAGCAUUUUAUAAUCAUGGUUCACUCUCAUCAUAUGAAGCACCAACUUCAAGGCCCCCACGUGGAAAUUUUCCUCAAGGAUAUGACACCCACCGUCCAAGAUACUGCUGAUUGUCGGUGUCGUCAAGAGAUCAAGUCUGGGUUCGCCAACUUGUUUUUGCUUUUGGUCACUGUCGCUAAUUUUAAUUCUCUAUAUCAAAAAGACAUCAAGCUAUGAGAGGAGAUGUCGGGCAUGAGUAUAUGCCCAAAAUGUAAAUGAAACUGUGAGAGUAAAGUUCAUGUAGUGUUGUAGGACAAAUAUAUAAGAAAUCAUACAUAAAUACAAUUUCCGUUUUAUGGAAUA